CACCUAUAACAUAGUUCUGUGCAGCAGAGCAGGUGGAGGGGAGAGAAAGGUUUUCCUCUCUGGCUAUGAGUGAUGAAAGAGAACUCUUCUUGAGAACGUGAAUGUCUCCACCACCCCAUGCUCAAAGAAUCAAUGCCAAAGAUGGAAAGACAUCUGUUCCACUCUGUUCUCCUCGUUCUGAUACUACUGACUUUUGUGAGCCUUAACUUGACCGGCUGGGCAUGGACUAUCCCUGAUUGCAUCAUAGCAGACAGCUUGUUAUUUCCUAACCUUUCCUCCUACAUCCCAUUCUGUACCUUGGCCCCAAGGCUGCACCUUUUGGCAUCUUGUUCCAAUGUUAAAAACAUAAAUCAAACCCUAGAAAAAGUGCCCAGAAAUACAGAGGUGCUCUGCCUCCAGGGCAUGGUUCCUACUUUGCCAGCGAAUGCCUUUGAUGGCUUCUACUCCCUACAGCUUCUAAGGCUUCAAUUGGGUACAACCAACAUCACAUCUAGGACUUUCCAAGGCCUGGACCAGCUACAGUACCUUUUUUUUGAGCAUCACGCUCCCUGUUGCCUAAGUCUGUUCCUCCCUCCAGAUAGUUUAGAGUCUCUCAGAUCCCUUAGUAGUCUUUCCUUUCAAGGAUACUGCCUGACUUAUAACCACAGCAUCUACUUGCCAACCACUCUCAGGCAUCUAACCAUGAGGACCAGCUGCCUGACAAAGUUGCAGGAACUUCAAAGACUCUUCCCAGAUCUACUGCUGGGUGCCUCUUCUACACCCAAUACCAAACCAAGGACACCCUUUCUAGAGGUGCUGGAUUUAUCUUACAACCUUCAGCUGAAGCAGGCAGGUAUCAGAGAUUUGUAUGGCCUCACACUCCAUUCCCUAAUACUGGAUGGCACCCCACUAAGAGCACUUGAUCUCACAAGCUCAGGACUGCUCCACUUGCACUUCCUCUCCCUCGUGGGUACGGGUAUAGAAAAACUGCCUGCAAGUGUGACCGGCUACACUGAGCUUUAUGCACUUGAUCUUGGGAAGAACCAAAUCCAAAACAUCUCAGGAAAUGGAGAUAUCCCAGGUUUGAAAGCCCUGAAAUUCCUCAGCCUUCAUGGUAACCAUCUGCAAUCACUUCCCGUCAGGUUCCUGCGUACUCUACCCCAGCUUCAGAAGCUCAACCUAUCUAUGAAUAAGCUUGGCCCAAUCUUGGAGCUUCCAGAAGGACUGUUUAGCACAAACCUAAAAGUGCUAGAUCUGUCCCACAAUCAACUCUGUGAAAUACCCCGUGGGAAUUUCUCCUUCCUUUCACAGCUCCAGGAGCUCUGGCUGAGUGGCAAUAACAUCUCUAGUUUAUCCAAUGAGAGCCUGCAGGGACUGAGGUGGCUGAGGACACUAGACUUGAGUUGGAAUCAAAUUAAAGUACUCAAACCAGGAUGGCUCUCUCAUCUUCCUGCGCUGACUACCUUGAACCUUCUGGGCACUUACUUAGAGCAUAUCUCAGGCACACAACUUCAGGGUCCCAAGAUGCUAAGACAUCUACAACUGGGUUCUUUUCCAACGCUGGAAAUAUAUCGUCUCUGGUUCCCAAUGCUCCUCAGCUUAGAAAUACAAGCAGAAACAUAUAUCCAGUUUAUGGUUCCAAGCGGAGAGCCAUUCUUAUUCUUGGAGAACCUUACCUUAGAGACUUCCAAUCUGUUACUGGAACCAAAAACCACCACAAUUCAUUUUCCCUCCCUAUGUCGCCUCACCUUGCGUGGCUACAGUAUCUUCUUGUCAACCAGUCAACUCCAGAGUUUCUUCCCACCACAGCUUCCCCUCCUGGAGUACUUCUUUGUAUGGUGUAGAAAUGACGAAGCAGUAGACCUCCAUCUAUUUGAGAUGCCCAGGCUGCGUGUGCUAGAGCUGGGCAACCUUAAUUUUUUCUACGAGUCAAGUACGGUGAAGCUAGAGAUGCUGCUCAACGAGGUGCCUCAGUUACAGGUACUGGCAUUGAGUCACCUAAAUCUCAAGAACCUCUCUGUGUCCAGCUUUAAGGGUUUGCAGAGCCUCAAACUGCUGCUGCUCAACUCCGAAAGAGCCCUGGAGAUGAACAGCAACCUUCAGGAGUUCAUUCCUCAGAUGCCUCAGUAUGUUUAUUUCUCAGAUGUCACUUUUGCCUGCCAGUGUGAAACUUCCUGGCUGGAGUCUUGGGCUACACGGGCCCCAAACACUUUCGUUUAUGGGCUGGAAAAACCCAUCUGCAUGGCUAAUGCCUCCGACUACUCCAAAACUCUACUGUUCUCCUUCCUUGCUACCAAUUGCCCACAUGGCACUGAGUUUUGGGGCUUCCUCACCAGUUUCUCUCUGCUGCUUCUGCUGAUAAUCCUUCCUCUAAUUAGCUGUCAUAAAUGGUCCUGGCUCCAUCACCUCUGGACACUCUUUCACACCUGUUGGUGGAAAUUAGGCGGACAUAGCCUCAGAGGGCAAUUCAACUACGAUGUCUUUAUAUCCUAUUGUGAAGAGGACCAAGCUUGGGUGCUGGAAGAACUGGUUCCGGUUUUGGAGAAAGCCCCUCCUGAAGGUGAGGGCUUGAGGCUGUGCUUGCCUGCCAGGGACUUUGGGAUUGGAACUGACAGGAUGGAAUCCACGAUUGCCAGCAUGGGCAAAAGCAGAGCCAUCCUCUGUGUGCUCACAGGUCAGGCCUUAGCAAGUCCCUGGUGCAAUCUAGAGUUAAGACUGGCCACUUACCAUUUGAUAGCCAGGCCCAGGACCACUUGCCUUCUGCUGCUGUUUCUGGAGCCCCUUGAUAGGCAGAAGCUCCAUAGUUACCACCGCCUCUCCCGAUGGCUCCAGAAGGAGGACUAUUUUGAUUUGUCCCAAGGGAAAAUGGAGUGGAACACUUUCUGUGAGCAACUGAAGCAACGGCUCAGAAAAGCUGGAAAAGAAAGAGAAGAUUAAGGGCUGUCCGGGAUGUUGCUGUGCAGAAAAUCCUUUCAGCAGCAGCAAGAAUGCUCUCUCAUCACUAGAGCACGGACUCAAAAGUGGGGCAAAAAUAGUAUAUUUUUAAAUGCUAUAUUAAAUACCACUGGUUGGGAAGUCUUUUAAAACACUGGAAAAUAUUCAUUCAGAAAACAAUUCUUUUCUGUGCUAGCGCGUUCCAGCACACAAGGCAGAGAGGUUUGUGCAAUCCUGUGUAUGUUUUUACAAAACUUUUCAAAAUAAAUCCAUCCUGCUACUA